AUGGUUCCUCACUCAUUUGACCAAGAUGACCUUUUUGCUAGGAGAUGCAUUUGGGUGAAUGGACCUGUUAUAGUUGGGGCAGGUCCUUCAGGCCUAGCUGUUGGUGCUGGCCUUAAAGAACAGGGUGUCCCUUUCAUUAUCCUAGAAAGAGCCAAUUGCAUUGCUUCUCUUUGGCAAAAGCGCACAUAUGAUCGGCUCAAGCUUCACCUCCCCAAGCAAUUCUGCCAAUUACCCAAUUUCCCAUUCCCAGAGGACUUCCCAGAAUACCCCACUAAAAACCAGUUCAUCAACUACCUAGAGUCCUAUGCUCAACAUUUUGACAUCAGCCCCCAGUUCAAUGAGACAGUCCAGUCUGCCAAGUAUGAUGAGACCUUUGGUCUGUGGAGGGUCAAGACCAUUGUUUCAACAAGCAAUUCAAACCCCGCUGCUGCGGAGGUUGAGUACAUUUGCCGGUGGCUCGUGGUGGCCACCGGAGAGAACGCAGAGAAAGUAGUGCCAGAAUUCGAAGGCUUGGAAGAGUUUGGUGGCAAUGUCAUGCAUGUUUGUGACUACAAAUCUGGCGUGGCUUACCGUGGUAAGCAAGUACUAGUUGUUGGCUGUGGAAAUUCAGGCAUGGAAGUCUCUCUUGAUCUUUGCAAUCACAAUGCAAGCCCUUCAAUGGUGGUUCGGAGUUCGGUUCAUGUCUUGCCAAGGGAAAUUUGUGGAAAGUCAACAUUUGGAUUAGCAGUUUUGUUGAUGAAAUGGCUACCACUUUGGCUUGCUGAUAAGAUAUUGCUGAUACUGGCAUGGCUAAUAUUUGGAAAUCUUGAAAAAUAUGGUCUUAGAAGACCAUCUUUAGGGCCAUUGGAACUCAAGAACAUUUCAGGGAAGACCCCUGUGUUGGAUAUUGGUGCCUUACAGAAAAUAAGAUCUGGUGAGAUCAAGGUGGUCCCUGGAAUCAAGAGGUUUUCUCAUGGUAGAGUUGAACUUGUUGAUGGACAAAAUCUUGAGAUUGAUUCUGUCAUUUUGGCAACUGGGUAUCGCAGCAAUGUUCCUUCAUGGCUCAAGGAAAAUGAAUUCUUUUCAAGAGAAGGAAUUCCCAAGAAUUCAUUCCCAAAUGGGUGGAAAGGGAAAGGUGGGCUUUACGCAGUUGGGUUCACAAGGAGAGGACUAUCUGGAGCCUCACUAGAUGCCAUGGGAGUCUCACAGGACAUUGCCAAGAGCUGGAAAGAAGAAACCAAGCAGAAGAGGAAAUCUGUUGCAGCUAGACAUCGCAGAUGCAUUUCACAUUUCUAAAAUUUCAGAGUCACCAAAUUAUUUUUUAGUUUUUUUUCUUUUUUUUAUGUGUAUAAUUUGGUGACUGGUCCACCAAAACUGGGAUCAGUUUUGUGUAGAAAAUAAUGUAGAAUACAGAAAGGUAGCCCUCUCCUGUAGAAAACCUAACACAUCAAAAAUAAUUGGACAUAAAUUUGUCAAAGGAAGAUGAGGCUUAUUCUUUAUUUCCUAUGGAAUCUUGUAUUCAAAUUUAUUAAUAAUAAUCCAAUUCCCA